UACAGUCAAAUUCGCGCAAAUUCAUCCGAUGGCGGGAGGUCACGGUUAGACCGUAGGAUGAUUCAGAGCGAUCAUGGACAAUGUGAUAUUUGUUUUGAAUCAGUCCCAUUUGACAAUAUGUUACUACUCUCUAGGUGUGGGUGUUCCUUCUGUCGAGAAUGCUUGACAUUAUACGUUACUUCUAUUCUGCGGGAUCGUAUUGAUGUCAGCUGUGCAUGUCCAAGUUACCAGUGUAGUCAAAAUGGUUGGUUGACGGAAUCAGAGAUAAAGGAAUUACUACCCUCUGAUGUUUAUGAGCGGUUUUCUCUGAAGAAACUUCAGCGAGAAAUUGAGCAAAAUAUAAAUUUGACGUUUUGCCCAGCGGUAAAUUGUGGUGCUGUCUGUCAAGUCCCUACUAGUCUAAAGGUGACCUUACCGAAUGGUUCAAAUCCUCCUGCCAAGGGAAACAGACGUACCAUAGAGCGGUUUUCCAGAUGGUACAAGAAAUAUCUUUGCUCUGGUACUCAUAAUUCUUCCAAUUCUGAAAGUGCAAUUUUUCGUGGCAACAGCAGCUCCAGGAUUCAAAAUCAUACUUAUGAGAAGUCUGUUAACACUGUUACGAGUGAAACUGAAGACCAUGUAAUGUCACCUAUAAACCAAUUUAUGGAACAAAAGAGUCUACCAUUUACCUCUGAAAAGCAACUGUUGACGUGUCAAGUAACUCCCGUUCGUCCAGCUGUUCGGAUUGUAUGCAAACAGUGUUCUCAUGAAUUCUGUGCUCGUUGCCAUCUAAACUGGCACUCAGGAAGAGGACCUUAUGUGUGCGAAGAGUAUACCGAGAGUAUUUUACCACGAAGUAAAAAUAAAAAACUAGGUACCCAUUCUAAAAAUCAACGGAAUUUGCGUGGAGUUUCUAAGAAACAUGCUGAUACUUUUAGUACUACUAACCACAUUGGUAUUUAUGCAAGCUCAAAUCCCGGUGCUUUGGUCAAAAACAAAUCGGAAUACAUCAGUAAAAUGAAAUCCUUGAGACAACCUUCUGAGAAAAAUAGGAAGAAAUUAUCCUUUUCACGAUCCAAAAUGAAACAAGGAGGUUAUUCACAAUCACGUUCUAGCAUUCACCUAUCCAAUAACGACGUCAGUGACAAAAUUGAUGUUUCGGUUCUCACUGUGGGGUUUCCUCCGUACUCUCCAGAUGAUUGGUUGAAACGUUGUCCAGCCUGUUUAGUACCUAUUGAACGCAUUGAAGGUUGUGCCCAAAUGAUGUGCCGGUCAUGUAAACAUACUUUUUGUUGGUAUUGCUUGACAUCGUUGGAUGACGAUUUCUUACUGCAACAUUAUGAUGAUGGUGCAUGUAAGGGUAAACUUGGACAUUCUCGCGCGUCAGUUAUCGGUCAUCGUGUUUAUUGUCAUCUAUUGGUCAUGUUAUUGCUUGUUUUUGAGAUUUCUUUGUAUUACUACAUGGUAUUGAAAUUAAAAAAGGAGUAGAAGAUUUACCAUGACACUCAUUUAAAUGUAUGUAUUCUGAUAUAAUUUUGCUUUCCAAACCUCUGCAACUGAAUUAUGAUCGUAACCUGUGAUUUGUCGGUUGAAAUUGGGAUCCGUGGAUACAUGCUACGAAUGUGCUUUCAAACUAUUCAACGUCUGUCAAUCUUAGAAGUGGUCGGGAGGUCACGGUGUGAAGUGAAAGGUAAUAGUAUUGACUGUUAUAUGUGGGGGUGCAUCAUGACUCUCUGAAUGAGUUCUGAAAGAUUACGCUACUCAGGAAGUUGAGAUGUAUUUAGACAUGUCUUAGGAUCGAAAUCAGUAGCGCGCAUGCCGCAAUUUCCUAUUUCUGAACAACCUGCCAGAUAUCCUUAAUUAUGUUUAUCUGCUUUCAUUCUGCUGUUCUGUUACUACUUCAUAUCUUUUGUUAUUUUGUAUAUUUCACCACUUUGUGUUCAUACUUUACGAAGUUUGUGUUUUUAAGUACGUAACUAAGAAACUUUGCAAGUCUCCAUCUUUCGGAAACUGACUCAAAAACAAUUGGUUGGCUCACAUUUAAGUAAUUCCAACUAUUUUAGUUUAUUCGAAAAUAAUAGAGAAAUUUUAUUUGGUCAUAUACACAGUGAUGCAGUAUUACUUAUUCACUGAUGACGUUUUGAGCAAAAUUUAUUCCACAUAUCAUAUCAGAGUUCUCGGUAAGUUGGACUCUGAACGUCACCACCAAAUAACUAAUCCUAUAUCACUGUUUGUCUCAUCAAGCAGAAAUAUUCAUUUAUGCAAUUAUAUUCUCCAACAGUCCCCAUAUAAUGUUCUCAAACUGUUAAGAAUUAGUCCACUAUAGGGACUUAUUGUUACUAAUCAGUUGUACCUGUUGAUGUAUUAGGGCUAUGCCAUUCAGCCUACGGGAUCAUUUUGGGGUCUCAAGGCUUGAGUGAUUUUUUCGUAAAUUCUAAAAGGUGUCCUUUCACGUCUCUCUAACAUGGAUCGAGUGCUCCUCCAUGCAGGUCUUCUCAGUGAUUUUACCCAAGGCUUCUGACUUAUUCCUGAUGACUGCAGUGAAGGUGUCCUUUGUAAUUUCAUCCUUCAUUUUCUGAGUGUCAAACUUUAAUUGUGGUCUAUUUUCAGCUUCUCUGAAGGUUUUCAACUUAACCAUGAAGGUUCCUUAUAGUAGAUAAUGAUCUGAGCCUACAUCUCCUCUUCUCGAUUUGUUUCCACUUCUUGAAAUUGAGAUGAAGUCUAUCCAAGCUUUGGUGUGUCCGUUUGGUAAAACCCCUAGUCACCUUGUAUAUAUCCUUGUGUUUGCACACUGUCUCCAGUCUCCAAAUCAGUGAAGAAUCAGAUGUCUGAGAAGACUUCUCCUCUCAGAAUCGUUUCACUGAACGAGCGCUUAUCGAUCAAUGAUGAGUUCUUUUACUCUGCUAUGUGCUCCCAGUCUGGCUAACAUACAUAUCACCCAUGGGAAUUUUGAUGUCCCCAUCUAGCUGAGGUUUCGUCCAUUAUUGUUUUCGGUUGUCUGACGAAGUCUUCCCUCUUCUCCACUGGAUGUGGGUUGUCACGCUAUGCGCAGCAGUGUAUAUUCAAUUGAAACUUUCCUUCUUUUUGAGACGAGUUUUAAUGUCAAGAUGUUGGUAAAAUCAAGAUGGACAUUUCCUUAUUGUUUUCAUGGUUGUCGUUUGGGUGAUUGGAGUAGAUUUUUAACUUUCCACUUAACAAUUCUGAGAGUUCAUUUGCAAUCCAUCUGUUCUCACAGGUUCCUAGCACUUUUAUGCCAUAUCUUCUCAUUUCUCCUGUAAUCACAUCAGCCUUACCAUCAAAUUCCAAACAUGAUAUGGACAUUCCAUGUCCCUAUACUAACUCUUGCUUUCAUUGGGAAGAAAAAGGGUUGGUUGCCUGUUUUCCUGAAGGCUCCUACCGGCAUCAUCUUUUCUCGAUUUGAGGAGUUUUCUCAAUUUCAGCGAAGAGUAAUUUCAUUGUUUUCCUGUUUUCUGUGUUUUUAAAUCACAGGGGAGAUGGGGUUUUUUUUCCAGUGGUGGGUUGCUAGUCGCACGCCUCAAACUUGCCUCUUUUAUCGGGCUUAUAAGACUGCUUGGUAAUUUAGUUGAGGUUUUCUUUGGUUUCAUUCAUGGUUUUUAUUUCUUUCUGUAGUUACUACUUAGCGUUGCGGAAAAAUGAGUUCAAAUUGCUUACUUAACACUAUUCUAGUUAAAAUUUCUAUCGUGAUAACUAAUUAUUCUGUGCUGCUUUGUUAACCAUUGGAACAAAAUACAUUUUGUGAGCUGUGAACCGUUGCUAUUAAUUUGCAUCUGAGUUGAAGAAUGUUAAACAGCACUAAAUAAAACUAAUAUCAGUCCUCGGCUAAUACCCACUAUCUUUGGUUAAUUGUAGUUAAAGAUACUUUAAGGGUCAAAUCGGUUUUAAAUUCUACAGUUUAUUUAUUUCUUGAUUAUUCCAUGAAAAAGCUAGGAAUUUGACACAGGUGGAGACGAAAUAUUUUCCUUUGUUGGUAACUCCAAAAUACAAAUGUUCUCUUAUUUCAAGAUAAAUCCUCUUCCACACUUUAACAGUAAUUAGUGGGGAUAAACAUUUAUUUCUGGCGCUAUUUGCAGCAACUCUAGCUCCUCGUGAAGCGCUUCUAAGGAUGACUUGCUAGUAAGCAUUUUAUAUAGUUCUGUAAUAUAUAUAUAUAUAUAAUUCUUUUACGUUCCCAGUGGAACAUAAGCUAGAGCUUUGAAGUUUCGGUAGCAGUGGUAUUUACUUUUAUAAGUUGGGGUUGCUAGUCUCAUACCUAACCUUCCUUCUUUACCAGCCAUUACUGCCUUAGCGAGUUAAAAGAGUUCGCUGGCCGAGGAUCGAACCCCGAGCCACCUACGUGGUUGGCGAGCAUUCUACCGCUUAUUUGUAUGACUUUUCUGUCGACCUUGUUUUAAUUUAUUUCACUUUCUUCCAGAUCAAUUGUUGAUAUUCAUUGUGACCUGUGUGAAUCCCCGUGACAUGUUUAACAAAUGAAAUGUCUGUCAUUGGCUUACUCAGAUUUCAAUAAACUUGUUAACCUAUUCAAUCACAGUUAUUACAAAUUACUUUAUUCAGAUGUGAUAUCAAAAGUCGAGCACGAAUGGUGUUUGCUAUUGCACUUUUAUAUAUUUGGAAAAGUUGGAAUUCUAUUGUUUUUCUGUUCUCCAAAAGGAAGUAGUGGACGACUCAUUGAAAAGUUAGCUUAAAUGAGUUAUUUUCAGUGUACUUGUGCAACUUGGUUAUGUUCUGUUAAAUUUAGUCUUCUUUUCUGUUUCAUAGGUUGUCAGUGUAUUCACCGGACUA